AUGUCUGAUGAUUAUGAACUAAAGGAAUUGCAGCCGCCUGAGGGUGCGAACUGCAAUUAUAAUAUCAAUACACCUCAAUAUGAAAAUAACAACAAUAAUAAUAAUAAUACAAGUGGUAAUGAAUCACCAAAUAUUUUAAAUAGUGAAAAUCAAUUCAAUCAAGUUGCAAAUGAAUUAGAAAAUGAUUCAAAACAAUUCUUUUCAAAUCAAGACCCUGAAAUGAAUGUUGAACAUUCUAAUGUUGCACAAAAUGAACAAGAUUUUAAACUACGUAGUUAUUUUGAAAAUUCUCAACGUAUUGCUUUAGGAAAUGGUCAAAAACCAAAGAAAAUGGGUAUUUCAAUUAGAAAUUUAACAGUUGUUGGAAAAGGUGCAGAUAUAUCAGUAAUUUCAGAUUUAUCAACACCAUUUGUAACUAUUUUUAAUUUAUUUAGACCAUCAACAUGGAGGAAAUCAAGUGGUAGCACAUUUGAUAUCUUACAUGAUGUUACUUUAUUUAACCGAGAUGCUGAAAUGCUUUUAGUAUUAGGUCGUCCAGGCGCUGGCUGCUCAACAUUAUUACGUGUAAUUUCAAACCAACGUAGUUCUUAUGUUAGUGUAUCAGGUGAUGUAACUUAUGGUGGUAUUAACUCUGAUGAAUGGAAAAAUUUUAAGGGUGAAAGUAUUUAUACUCCAGAAGAGGAUACUCAUCAUCCAACAUUAACAGUUCGUGAAACAUUGAAUUUUGCAUUAAAAUGUAAAACUAUUCAUAAUCGGUUACCAGAUGAAAAGAAAAAAACUUUUAGAAAAAAAAUUUAUGAUUUAUUAGUAGGAAUGUUUGGUAUUUCAAAACAAUCUGAUACUCUUGUAGGUAAUGAAUUUAUUAGAGGCUUAUCAGGUGGUGAACGUAAAAGAUUAACCAUUACUGAAGCAAUGGUAUCAUCUGCUUCAAUUACUUGUUAUGAUUGCUCAACACGUGGUCUUGAUGCUGCAUCAGCAUUAGAUUAUGCAAAAUCAAUUCGUAUUAUGUCAGAUACAUUACAUAAAACAACAAUUGCAUCAUUUUAUCAAGCAUCAGAUUCAAUUUUUAAUUUAUUUAAUAAUGUUGCAAUUUUAGAAAAGGGUAGAUUAAUUUAUUUUGGACCAGUUGGUUUAGCAAAACAAUACUUUCUUGAUUUAGGAUUUGAUUGUGAACCACGUAAAUCAACACCUGAUUUUUUAACUGGUGUAACUAAUCCACAAGAACGUAAAGUACGUCCAGGUUUUGAAGGUCGUGCACCAGAAACUUCAUCAGAUUUUGAAAAAGCUUGGAAAUCUUCUGAUCUCUAUCAAGUUAUGCUUCAACAACAAUUGGAAUAUGAAAAAAAGAUUGAAUUGGAACAACCAUCAACUAAUUUCAUUGAACAAAUUAGAAAUGAAAAUAGUAAAACCAAUCCAACAAAAUCAAUUUAUACAACAUCUUAUUUCACUCAAGUUAGGGCAUUAAUAGCAAGAAAUUCUCAAAUCAUUUGGGGUGAUAGAUUUGCAUUGAUUUCAAAAUAUAUUUCAAUCAUUGUUCAAACAUUUGUUUAUGCUUCAUUAUUUUAUAAUAUGAAAUCUGAUGUUACUGGUUUAUUUAACAGAGGUGGUGCAAUUUAUGCUGCAAUUCUAUUUAAUGCUUUUGUAAGUGCUGGUGAAUUAGGAUUAACCUUUUAUGGAAGAAGAAUUUUACAAAAACAACAUUCUUAUGCAAUGUAUCGUCCAUCAGCACUUCAUAUUGCAAUGGUUAUAACUGAUAUACCAUUAACUGCUAUUCAAGUAACAAUUUUUUCAGUUAUUGUUUACUUUAUGUAUGGUUUACAAGUUGAUGCAGGUAAAUUCUUUAUAUUUUUAUUUACAAUUUUUGGUUCAACUUUAUCGAUGGUAGCAUUUUUUAGAGCACUUGGUAAUCUUAGUCCAUCAUUGUAUGUCAGUCAAAAUAUAUUGAAUGUAUUUAUUCUGUUUAUGUUUACCUAUGGUGGUUAUUCAAUUCCAAAAAAUAAGAUGCAUCCAUGGUUUAGUUGGUAUUUUUGGAUUAAUCCAUUCUCAUUCCCCUAUAAAGCAUUGAUGGCAAAUGAAUUUGGUGAUAUGAAUUUCACAUGUAAUGAUCAAACUGCAAUUCCAAAUGGUAAUUACAUUGCAUCUAAUGGUAGUACAAUGUCUUAUCAAGAUCAAUAUAGAGCUUGUCCAUCUGCCGGUGCUAUCGAAGGUCAAAUGGUUAAUGGUGAAUUUUAUGUUGCUGGUUCAAACUAUAUAGAUGCUGCACUUGAUUUCAAAAGUGAUGACCGUACAUUAAAUGUCAUUAUCACUUUUUUAUGGUGGAUAUUUUUUGUAAUUAUCAAUAUGAUUGCUUUGGAAUUAUUCGAUUGGACAAGUGGUGGUAUGCCUCAUAAAGUCUAUAAAAGAGGAAAGGCUCCUAAAAUCAACGAUGACGAAGAAGAGAGACAACAAAAUGCAAUGGUUGAAAAUGCUACAAGUAAAAUGAAAGAUACUCUUAAAAUGAGAGAAAGUUGUUUCACUUGGAAUCAUAUUCACUAUACCGUUCAAUUAAAUGGCAAAGAUUUAUUAUUGUUAAAUGAUGUCGAAGGUUGGAUUAAACCUGGUCAAAUGACUGCAUUAAUGGGUUCAUCUGGUGCGGGUAAAACAACAUUACUCGAUGUAUUGGCAAAGAGAAAAACAAUGGGUACUGUCACUGGAAAAUGUUUAUUAAAUGGUAAAGAAUUAAAUAUCGAUUUUGAACGUAUCACUGGUUAUGUAGAACAAAUGGAUGUUCAUAAUCCUGGUUUAACUGUUAGAGAAGCUUUAAGAUUCUCUGCUAAACUUCGUCAAGAACCAACCGUAUCAUUGCAAGACAAAUAUGAAUAUGUUGAACAAGUUUUGGAAAUGAUGGAAAUGAAACAUUUAGGUGAUGCUUUAAUUGGUUCAUUGGAAACUGGUAUUGGUAUUUCAGUUGAAGAAAGAAAGAGAUUAACUAUUGGUAUUGAAUUAGUUGCAAAACCUCAUAUUCUUUUCCUUGAUGAACCAACAUCAGGUUUAGAUUCUCAAUCAAGUUAUAAUAUUGUAAAAUUCAUUCGUAAAUUAGCUGAUGCUGGUAUGCCAUUGGUUUGUACAAUUCAUCAACCUUCAUCGGUUUUAUUUGAAUAUUUCGAUCGUAUUCUUUUAUUAGCUAAAGGUGGUAAAACAGUUUACUAUGGCGAUAUUGGUGAAAAAUCAAAAACUCUUACAUCUUAUUUUGAACGUAAUGGUGUUAGAUCUUGCACUGAAAGUGAGAAUCCAGCUGAAUACAUUCUCGAAGCAAUUGGUGCUGGUACUAAUCCAGGUGUAUCAACAAUUGAUUGGCCAGAGGUUUGGAAACAAUCACCAGAGCUUCAGGAUGUUCAAGCAGAGUUGGCAUCUUUGGAAACAGCUGCAACUGUUCAAAUUUCAUCCGAUGAUCAAGAUCAUGGUCCUCCAAGAGAAUUCGCAACAAGUAUUUGGUAUCAAACAUGGGAAGUUUACAAACGUUUGAAUUUAAUUUGGUGGCGUGAUAUGAGUUAUGUUUAUGGUAUUUUCACUCAAGCUGCUGCAUCUGGUUUAAUUAUUGGUUUUACUUUUUGGAAUUUAGAUUUAUCAUCUUCAGAUAUGAAUCAACGUGUAUUUUUCAUAUUUGAAAUUCUUUUCUUGGGUAUUCUCUACAUCUUUAUUGCAAUUCCUCAAUUUUUAAUUCAAAAAGCUUACUUUAAGAAAGAUUAUGCCUCUAAAUUUUAUUCUUGGUGUCCAUUUGCCAUUUCAAUUGUCAUUGUUGAAUUACCUUUUGUUGCAGUCGCUGGAACAAUUUGUUUCUUUUGUUCUUUUUGGACAGCAGGUAUUUAUUACAAUGGUGAAUAUGAUUUUUAUUUUUAUAUAACUUUCAUCCUCUUCCUUUUCAUUUGUGUUUCACUUGGUCAAGUUGUAUCUGCCUUUUGUUUCAAUGUUAUGUUGGCUCAAACAAUUUUACCACUUUUAUUAGUAAUGUUAUUUCUUUUUUGUGGAGUACUCGUUCCUUAUGAACAAAUUCCAAACUUUUGGAAAUUCGUUUAUCAUUCAAAUCCAUGCCGUUAUUUCUUAGAAGGUGUUGUAACAUCAGUUUUAAAGAAUGUUUUUGUUGAUUGUUCAAAUGAAGAUUUAACCAAAUUCUCAAACCCAACAAAUUUAACCUGUAAAGAAUAUUUCAAGCCAACCUAUGGAAAUGUUCGUGCUGUUACCAAAGGCGAUGAAAGUGAAUGUGGUUAUUGUGUUUUUAAAUCAGGUGAAGAAUAUUAUAAAACUCUUGGUUGGUCUUAUGAAAACCGUUUAAGAAACUAUGGUAUUUUAUGGGCUUUCUUUAUUUUCAACAUAAUUAUGGUUGUUUCCUUUGUUUAUUUAACAAAAAAACCAAAUAGAUAA